UCUAGAUCUAUAUCUAGAUCUAUAUUCUAUAUAUAUACAUAUAGACUCUAGAUUUUAUUCUGCAAGAUUAUCUAGAUCUACUCAUGAUGAUGAUAUAUAUUAAUAUAUAGAUCUAAAUCUAUAGAGAAGAAGUAGUAAAUUGUAAAAUCACUCUGAACUAUUAAACCAUUUUAUGAGAUUUGAGAGAAAUGUAGUUACAACUACAACUAGCUUGAUGGAAAAACUUCAACAGUGCAUUUGAAGACUGCUAAAACAAAAAGGCUUCAAGAAUGGAUUUAGUUCAGUAUAACCCAAUCUUUGCUGACCAUCAGAUCAGGAAAUACAAGGGAACAUGUCUGACUUGCAACAAAGAGAGUUACACUGUGAAGAAGUGUACUAGAUGCUGGGUGGCUAAAUACUGUGAUAGAGUCUGUCAAAGUAAAGACUUCAAGAGCCAUAAAGAUGUUUGUGUUAGGAUCUCUUUAUUUGAAAAAGCUAAAGACAAGAUUGACCCAGAGCUGAGAGAUUUGAUGUUUCAGAGAGCUGGGUACCUUGGUCUUUCAUGUUUUCUGGGUAGUUUGCCAGACAGGACAAUCUAUGAACUUCUUGGUCAACGUGUGGCUGUGAUUGUCCAGAUACUGGAAGUGUCAGUGCUUGAAACGUCCAUAACAGUCAGAGUGCGAGAUGUCAGCAAUGCUGAGGCACAUAUGAUUUUUUGCAUCAAAGAUCCACUUCAAGUGCUGAACAUUCUACUUCUAGUGUACGUGGCUCAGUUCAUCCUUCUGCUAAAUGUACCAUUGAGAUGCCAUUCGUUGAUGAACAAAGUGAAUGAUAUUAUAAUUAUACACACUAACCAAGUUAGCUUCAUCACAUAGUUAGUCUUAGUGAGCGCUUGUUACAUAUGCAUAUAUUUAUUUAUUUAUUGUUUUUCUUGUCUAUUUUAUUCUGCAUUGUCUCAUGUGACACAGAGUUAUUACAGAUCUCCACAGAGUUAUUUUAAAGGAAAUAGUUUUUAACUGAAAAUUCUUGUGAUUUAGAUAUUUAUAACAUAUCAAAAACAAAGUGUUAAAAUAUUUGUAACAAAUAAUUUCUUUAUUGUGAAGUAGAACUGACCAUCACCCAUAUUUGAAUGUGAUCUGAUCGCCUUAGAAACAUAUUUUUGUUAUAAGGAUAUAUUGUUUCAUAUUGUCAAGAAGGUCAGAUGUCGCUAGUAGAAACUCAACCAGAAAUGUUUUCUGUAUUAAACUUAGCCAGAAAUGUUUGGGGAUUAAGAAACUCCAAACAGAAUUCACAUCUUUUGUACCUCUUCAUUUGAUGACCACAUUAAAAACAAGCCAAUUCUUUCAUGUAAAUAUUGUUUCGUAACUAUAAUGUGACUAUUUUCAUUAAGCUUUGAUGAGAUCAAAGUUUUUCUUAAUUUCUACUUUGUUUUCUUUUACAUAUAUUUCUGAGGUAAUCAAUCUAUACAGUGUAAAGCACUAGUCAAAUUCCUUGAAACUUUAUCUCAGUGUUGUGAUCAAUAUUUGUGUUAUAUUUAUAUUCUGGCUAAAACCUGAUAUACAUGCAGCAAUAUUACCACACUUUUUAAGCUGAUAUUUAAUUUUUUAAAAACUCACUCAAUGUUUCUUACCUUAUUGUUGCCACAUUAGUCAUUUUAAUGUUACAAGUAAAGCUUAUGUCAUUCCUCAGCUGCUUCCUUCUUUCAAUAUGAUUUUUAAGAGAUGAUUGUUGCUGCUCUUGGGAUUCCAAGAAUGGAACACUAUGUGUGGGCCUCUCUAUAAUUACUUUUUGUUGUACACAGUAAUAAUGAUAGAAUUUCUUGUUACUAAUUUUUUCAUGUUAUAUAAGAAUAUUUUGUUUCUGUUCAGUUUUGUGUGUGCUUUGUGUUCUUAGUUAACAUGGUGCACAUGUAUUUCCUUAGCCCUUAGUUAUUGAUUUAGUUGUUUUUUUUCAUACUGCAUAGGUCAUGGGUCAAUUAUGCUCAUGGAGACUAUUAAUGUUUCCUGCUUCUGUCUGCCAAAGCAAAUGUUUUAUCUCCCUUUGUUUAAGUCUUUGAAACAUGAAAGAAAAACCAAAGUUCUAACUAUGAGAAAGGGACUUAAAAAUGUUUCCCAGUCUUGUCUUGACAUCUGAUCAUUGUCAUUGUUUUUUUCAAUUCCUUCUUUUACUUCAAACUUUCAUGAUAGUCAAAAUAAACAAAUUUCAAUGAUUUAUUUUAACAAUUUUUCAUUAUCCUGAAGAGCUGAAAUUUUGCACAUAAAUUUAUAAUGUGUAACAAGUUUUAUGAAAGUUUUAGAAAGUUCAAUUUAUUAAUUAUUCAUUUUUCUUAAAUCAAUUUUUACUUUAUGUAGAUUAAGGUACGUAUAAAUUGGCCGCCAUUUAUUUAUGAGUUUUUAUCAAAUAUGUUAUAUCUAUGUUUGAUCUUUUGUAGUAUGGCAUAUUAGCUAAAUUGUUAGAGAAUCAUGCUAAUAUCCUGGGUUUGAUUCCCAUACUGGCCAAUUUUUUUAUUCUCCUUAGUUUUCAAUGACAGAAGAAAAUAUUAAUGUUUCAUUUAUUUUUUUAAACUAUUUAUAAAAAUAUUAUUUGGUUGUUUGUUCUUAAUUCUCAUUGGAAGAUGUCAGACAUUUUAAAUUGUAUUUUGUUUCUUGUCAUUACUGUCAUGCUGUACACAGCCUUUAAAAGCAUCUAUUUUAUUGUGUUGCCUUUUUGUUGUUAUUUUCUGGCCCUACACUUUGUGAAGCAAUAGAAGUGUUGAUGUUCACAAACUGAUUUGUUUAUUAACUCUAAUGGUAUGUUUAACUCUGAUGGUAUGUUUGGUGUUGUGAGUGCUGAGACCAUGGUCAGGAACAUUGAGACUAAGACUUACUCAUGUGGGAAAUGUUAGCUAGAUUAGAUUCCCACUUACUUGUUACAGCAAUUUAAAGUAAUAAUUACAGUUGGUACCUCAUUAACAAGAACAUAUUAUUUUUCAACUUUCUGGCCUAAACACCUGAAAACGUAGUGAUUUUAAUGUUCUUUUAUCACCUUUACCCUAAUUACACACCUUUUAUGGUGUUUUUUUAAUAUUCUUCUGCUGUAACACUAUUACAUUGAAUAACAUAAAUAAUAAAAAUAAAGUAAACUAUAGUGUAAUUAAUCAACAAGAGUUAAUUAGUACUUACUCGAUGGUCUGAUUCUAUUAAAAUUCAUCUGUUUAAUGCUGUGCAUAUUUUUGGAUGUGUGACAGUAUAAUAAUGUAUAUCUUUAAAAGUGUUUGUACAUAAAAACUUGAAUCAUUGUUCUCUAGGCAGCUAUUUUCUUGCUGUUUGAUCACCACAGUCUGGGUGAACAGAUAAUCUUAUAUUAUUUCAUGGCUUUGUGGCCUAUGUGUUAUUUCCACUUUGAAAUGCAAAUGAUUAAACUCUGUGGUUGAAUGGCAUCCAUCCUACUAAGUGCCAUCUUGUCGUCUGUCUUUAUAGCCUUGUUUUGGUGAAACCAACUUGUUAUGUUGAACUCUAGUUGACAUGCUUUUGUAUACGAAUGUAAAGGCCAUAUGUGUUUAGGGCUGAUAUUUUAAUUUGUGGAUUAUUACAUUGACUUAUGUAGUCGUAGUCAAAUACUUACUGUCAUUCAUUGUAUACAUUGCAUGGAUGGGUUUAAUUGUGUCCAAACUCUCCCCUCCCCCCUUUUGUAAAAGAAAAAAAAAUCCACAUUAAUUUUUGUUCUCAAUGCUUUAGAAAUAAAACAACAACUUUUUAUUAGGUUUAAUAGAACAAGUGGACAUACAAAGUAUGUAUUGAACCAGUACUGAACAUUUGAAUUACCAUUCUGUGUGUUUAGUAUUCAGAUAACUAUUUUAUAGUAAACAGUAACAGAAUUUUGUUAACAGUUAAGAACUAUAUAAUCCUUUGUAGGUAGCAUAUUUUUUCGACUCUACCGGCUUGUUUUGUUAUGCGGUGAAUGCCAUUGGCAGCCAUUGCAUUGAUUGCCAACGUGAAAGGUAGUGUAGUCUGGUUGCUUGUCAAUCACACCUGCAUUUUGAUAAGUAAGGAUCUAAAGUACAUCUAAUUAAUUACAUUGAAAAUGUCUGAGCACAAAGUUAUAUUAGUCACUGGGGGAACUGGCUUGGUUGGCAAAGGUAUUGAAGCUGCUAUUGAGCAGGAAGGGAAGAGACCCAAUGAAGAAUGGCACUUUGUGUCUUCGAAAGAUGCUGACCUCACAGAUCGCAAUGCCACUGAAGCACUAUUUGAAAGAAUCAAACCUACUCAUGUUAUUCAUUUGGCAGCCAUGGUUGGUGGUCUGUUCAGGAAUCUUAAAUAUAAUCUUGACUUUUUUAGAAUCAAUUCCAAAAUCAAUGACAAUGUACUGAGUAUCAGCCAUGAAUAUGAUGUUCAGAAAGUCGUCUCCUGUCUGUCCACUUGUAUUUUCCCAGACAAAACAACCUAUCCUAUAGAUGAGACUAUGGUACAUAAUGGUGCACCCCAUGACAGUAACUUUGGAUAUUCCUUUGCUAAAAGGAUGAUUGAUGUCCAAAACAAAGGUUACCAUGUGCAGCAUGGUCGCAAAUUUACAUCUGUUAUUCCAACCAAUGUAUAUGGACCACAUGACAACUUUAACCUGGAAGAUGGGCAUGUUUUACCGGGUCUUAUUCGUAAAGUUUAUGAGGCUAAAGAAAACAAUACACCUUUUGUAAUAUGGGGAACAGGCUCACCGCGUCGACAAUUUAUCUAUUCUUUGGACCUGGGCCGCCUUUUCUUGUGGGUAUUAAGAGAAUAUGAGGAAGUGUCACCAAUUAUUCUGUCAGUUGGAGAAGAGGAUGAGGUAUCCAUAAAAGAGGCAGCAGAUUUGGUGGUGGAGGCCAUGGAUUUUACUGGGGAAGUUAUUCAAGAUACCACUAAAUCAGAUGGUCAGUUUAAAAAAACAGCAAGCAAUGCCAAACUGAGAAGCUAUUUGCCUGAUUUCAAGUUUACUCCAAUACGUCAAGCUAUCAAAGAAACUUGUGAUUGGUAUGUUGCAAACAGAGAUGCUGCCCGCCAUUAACAGAUCAUGCUCCCCAUAGGUCCACACUGAAUCCAUAUUUGUGACACGCAUCUUUUGGGGUUUUGAUUUUUUUUUUUUU